CCACACUCUGUACAGUUUCUGUCUGCUUACAGACAAAGAUGUCAGUCUCACUCAAGAUAGCUGCCUUGUUGCUGACGGCCUGCCUGAUGCUGCUAGGGUGUGCGGCCAGGAAUGCACCGUUGGUGAAGAGAGACUCGUCCCACUACUGUGGUCACAACUUGGUACAAGCUCUACAGCUGGUGUGUAACAGCGCGUACCAGACUCUGUACAGUUUCUGUCUGCUUACAGACAAAGAUGUCAGUCUCACUCAAGAUAGCUGCCUUGUUGCUGACGGCCUGCCUGAUGCUGCUAGGGUGUGCGGCCAGGAAUGCACCGUUGGUGAAGAGAGACUCGUCCCACUACUGUGGUCACAACUUGGUACAAGCUCUACAGCUGGUGUGUAA